AUGGAAGGAGCCAGGCGCAGGGGAGGCGGCGGCGGCCGCGGCCGCGGAGGCAAGAAUGUAGGGGGCUCUGGCCUAAGCAAGGGUAGACUCUAUCCUCAGGCCCAGCACUCUCACUACCCGCACUACGCAGCUUCAGCCACCCCUAAUCAGGCUGGGGGCGCAACUGAAAUCCAAGAACUGGCCUCCAAACGAGUGGACAUCCAGAAAAAGAGGUUUUACCUAGACGUAAAGCAAAGCUCUCGGGGACGGUUCCUAAAGAUAGCUGAAGUCUGGAUAGGGAGAGGCCGGCAGGACAAUAUCAGAAAGAGUAAACUGACUCUUUCCCUGUCUGUGGCAGCAGAGCUGAAGGACUGUCUAGGGGACUUCAUCGAGCACUACGCCCACCUGGGCCUGAAAGGCCACAGGCUAGAGCAUGGCCACAGCAAAGAGCAAGGCUCCAGGAGAAGACAGAAGCACUCGGCACCCUCCCCACCAGUCUCAGUGGGAUCCGAAGAGCAUCCUCACAGUGUCCUCAAAACAGACUAUAUCGAGAGGGACAAUAGGAAAUAUUACCUAGACCUAAAGGAAAAUCAACGAGGUCGCUUCCUAAGAAUUAGACAAACCAUGAUGCGGGGGACUGGAAUGAUAGGUUAUUUUGGCCACACUUUGGGCCAAGAACAGACUAUUGUCCUCCCUGCACAAGGAAUGAUUGAGUUUCGUGAUGCCUUGGUUCAGCUGAUUGAAGACUAUGGUGAAGGAGACAUAGAAGAACGAAGAGGUGGAGACGAUGACCCACUUGAACUCCCAGAGGGGACUUCUUUCAGAGUGGACAAUAAAAGGUUCUACUUUGAUGUGGGCUCUAAUAAAUAUGGAAUUUUCCUGAAGUCAGCCUAGUGAAGUAUAAACGUUGAAGCGUCCACAUAGAUGUGCUGCUCUAUAAGUGUUGCCUCUUCAGGAAAUUGGUAGGUGAUUUAUACAAGAGAUGUAGUUCAACAGAAAAAGCAUUGGAUAAUUUUUUCAAUAGGGUUGAACUUUCUCAAGUUAAACAUAACAUCUUUCUGACAUUUAUAAGGAUAGGCUAAGAACAAACUUCACUUUCAUUUUUGUUUGGGAGCAGAAUACCUUAAAAAGAAAAUAUUUUUUUCAUAAUAUUACUUAUUUUUAAGUAUCUCUCUGGUAGCCAUUUUUUCAAUAUCUAGUUUUCAGCAUUUUACUAUAUGUAAAAUCAUAGAGUCAUCAUUACAUGGUCUGGAAAGAAGUAAAAAUUUUCAGAAGUCUAUCCUCAUAAAGGAGAGACUAAAGGCAAAUUCCAUGUCAGUCAUUUAGUUUAUUUCUUUGUUUUGUUUUUAAAAUAAGAUAUAUUAACCCAAAGGUGUGUUAAUGUCAAGGCAUGAACAAUCUUAAAUGUAGACCUACUGAGUAUUUUGUGAUGCUGAGUAAAAGACUUUUCAAAUCUCUGUGAUGCUGAGUACUUUCCUUAGAAAGUUUUGUUUAAUGUUAGAUUGUCGUUCUGAAAGAUGUUGGUCCUAGUGGGAUUUUUAAACACUUGGAAAACAAAAAACGCAUGUAUUACAAGUAUAGAUAUGGUGAAUUGUAAACUUGCCGUAUAGUACUGAUUCUAUUUUCAAAAAUGUUUCACUGUUAAAUAUAGACAACAUGAAAUUGCUGCCAUUCUGUAACUGAGUACUUUUUCCUAAAUGACCCUGUUAUCACUAUUCCAGAAUUAGACAUUGGGCAGAUAUAUGAUUAACUCAUGUGUCUGCACAGAUGCUUCAAGGUAUAUUCUUCUCUUGGUGAGUAAAACAAUAGUUUCCUUGGCAUCGAUGCAUUGAGACUUGAAUAUACCUGUAUCUAUUCUUAUUGCUCAUUUCUUAUGCAGUAUCUUCUCAUAUGCUAAAACUGGCCCAGGCACAACUAAAAAUUGAGGGUUUGUUACAUGCUUUCUAACAGAAAGGUUUUCAAUGAUAUUAAUUAUGGGUUUGUACUGGGAAAAUAGUGGAACUCCCUCUUCAAUUUCAUAUUUGCUAAAUUUAAAUUAAUAUUUUUUCUUUAGCUCACAAAUUACCCUAAAUCCAGAGAGAAUAUCAACCCUUUUCACUGUUGUCAAACCAACCAUAAGGAACAGCCCUAUGAUACU